AUGACUUCCCACGAUGUCCGCGACGUGCUAAACCUUCCCUCCGACCAAUCUACAGCCCCUCGCCCGUCCAAAAAACAAAGGACUAGUGCUCCGCGACCAAACCUGAAGGGACUUGCGCGCGAAGUUCAAAAUCUUGGCGGCGACAAUCCGAUCGCAAUCGUUCCCGAUGUCUCGUUCUUUAAGAAACGGCGAUUUGCCAGCCGUAAGCCGGCUGCUAGAUGGGAACUGAGACCCUUUAUAAACUCGGCCCGCAACGAUGGCGGCGCGCUAGUUCUUCGACACUGGAAACGGAAAACGGACCACGGACCGCCGCCGGAGACCGGGCAGGACGGGGAAUCGAGGCCGAGUGAGGAGGCGGCAAACGGGGAGAAGAAGGACGACCAGCCAGAAGACUCGGCGUUUGCCAAGUUCAAUGUGCGCGUCUCGGUUCCGCAGUACAACGAUGACCAAUACCAAGCCAACCUUCAGAGCGAUGACUGGACAAAGGAGGAAACAGACUACCUGCUGGAGCUGGCGAGGGAAUAUGACUUGCGUUGGCCAAUCAUCUGGGACCGGUACGAGUUCGCGCCGAAACCACCUGAGGGAGAAGAGGCCGACGGGACGAGCACGGCCGUGGUGACUGCACCCAAACCGCGAACGAUGGAGGACCUUAAGGCACGCUACUACGAGGUCGCCGCGAAGAUGAUGGCAGUCCAGAAGCCGGCGCAGUACAUGACGAGACCGGAGUUUGAGCUCUACGAGAUGAUGCUGAAUUUCAAUCCCGAGCAGGAGCGCAAGCGGAAAGAGUUUGCGCUCAACACGAUGGCUCGCUCUAAGGACGAGGCUCGGGAAGAGGAAUCCCUCCUGCUCGAGAUCAAGCGCAUCCUCGCGCGCACAGAGCGCUUUAACGAGGAGCGCCGCGAGCUCUACAACCGCCUCGACUACCCGGCCACCGAUUCAGACAUUAACUCGUUCAAGUCUUCUGCUGGCCUGCAAGCCCUCCUUCAAAACCUCAUGUCCACGGACAAGGCGAAAAAGCGCAAGAGCAUCCUCGGGCCAAACGGCGAGGGUGCCAGUCCGGGCGGCGCAGCCCCAGGCAGCGCGGCAUCGGAGGGAGGAGCCAGCCACAACCGGCGCGAGAGCAUCGCAGCCGCGUCCGCCAACCGCCGCGACUCGGAUGCUCGUGCUGGCGGGGCUCGCGGGUCCGCGGAACCGACCCCGACAUCGGGCGCGGCCGCAGCGGGCGCCGGCAACAAAAAGAAGGGCGGGUCAUCCGCCGCUGCCGCCCAACCAGAGCGCCGCAAGCUCUCGGAGCAGGAAGAGAAGAUUUACGGAGUGUCGUACCACGACCGACUCGGAAGCGGGCCAACGUUCCGGUAUGAGCGCAUCAACAAGCUGUACAGCCACAAGUCGGGCCAGCAGCAGUUGCGCAUGACCAACGCCCUUGCCGAGCUCGACGUGCCUCCGCGCCUGAUCAUGCCCACGGCCGCCGUGACUUCCCAGUUUGAGGUCCUCUGGGGCGCCGUGGCCGCGCUGGUUGAUGCGCGCAAGUUGAGCGAUAAGCUGGACGCGGAGAUCAAGUUGGAGGAGGCAAAGGCGGCGGAGAGAGCGAAAGCGAAGGAGGCAGCAAAGAUGGAUGGGAAAGGUGCGGAUGGGAAGGGUGCGGAUGGGAAGGGUGCGGAUGGGAAGGGCAGUGAGCAAGCAGAUGGCAUCAAGGAGGAGCCGGGCACUGAAAAAGAUGAGGCUGCUGCCGCCGGCGCCGGCGCGAGACCGGGCAGCAGUGGUGGUGCGCAUAAACGGAGCGCGAGUGUGCUGAGCGCCGCAAGCGAUAAAAGCGCUAAACGGCAGAAGAAGUAG